AUGGGCGACAUGAUCAGAGACCUGCCCCCGGCGGCUUCGUCAGCAUCGCCGACUACGCGCCGGAACCAACUCUUCCUCGGCACGUUCGUGCACUCCAAGACGAGAGAAGCGCUCGAGUACCUCCACGACACAGCUGUCUGCGUCGACGCAUCCGGCACGAUUGUUGCUGUCGAGACCGGAUACGACCUGAGAAGGUCCGAGACGGAGCUGCUCCCCCGUUUGGGCUGGAAGGUCGGCGACGUCGAGGUCCAUGUGGGGAGGGAGGGGCAGUUUUUCUUCCCCGGGUUUAUCGACACCCACGUUCACGCCUCGCAAUACCCCAACGUCGGCAUCUUUGGCAAGUCCACCCUCCUCGACUGGCUCAACACCUACACUUUCCCGCUUGAAUCCAGUCUCAAGGACCAGAAGAAGGCCAAGCGCGUCUACACAGCCUGCGUGCGACGCACCCUCGCCCAUGGCACCACCACGUCGGCAUACUAUGCCACCAUCGACGUCGACGCCACGAACCUUUUGGCAGACAUUUGUCUCGCGCUGGGCCAGCGCGCGUUCGUGGGACGGGUGUGUAUGGACCGCGAGGGGUUGUGUCCGGAGUACUACAGAGAUGAGUCGCCCCAAGCUUCACUGAGAAAGACGAGAGAGACUGUGGAUUAUAUGCGGUCAAUCGACCCAGAAUUUGAAAUCGUCGCGCCCAUCCUGACGCCGAGGUUUGCGCCAUCGUGCUCGAGCGAGGCGAUGAAGGGCCUGGCGGACAUGCAGAAGGAGCUCGACGUGCUCGUGCAGACGCACAUCUCCGAGAACGAAGGCGAGAUCGAGCUCGUCAAGGAGAUUUUCCCCGACAGCGAGAGCUACACCGACGUCUACGACACCCACGGUCUUUUGGGAGAAAAGACGGUCCUCGCGCACGCGAUCCACCUUUCGGAGAAGGAGGCGACCACCAUUGCCGAGAGGGGGGCCAAGAUCUCGCACUGCCCCUGCAGUAACAGCAGCAUCACGAGCGGCGCGGCGCGGGUGCGCUGGCUGUGGGACAAGGGCAUCGACGUCGGGCUGGGGACGGACAUGAGCGGCGGGUAUAGUCCGAGCAUCCUCGACGCGGCGAGGCAGGCGGCGCUGGUGUCGCGGCACGUGGCCAUGGGGUUGCGGGGGGAGGAGCGGGAGAGGGCGAAGUUGACGGUCGAGGAGGUGCUGUAUCUCGGCACGAAGGGCGGUGCCAAGGUUGUUGGGCUGCAGGAAAAGGUUGGAGGGUUCGAGGUUGGCAUGCAUUGGGACGCGCAGCUAAUUGGGCUGCCGCUGGUCGAUGAGGACGGGGAGCAGGGCGAGGGAGGGGGCAAUGUUGACGUUUUCGGGUGGGAGAGCUGGGAGGAUCGGAUUGCCAAGUGGGUGUUCAAUGGUGAUGACCGGAAUACCAAGAUGGUCUGGGUCAAGGGACGGAUGGUGCAUUCGAGGAGGUAG